AUGGGAUUCGGAGGGGAACGCUCCGGCUAUCGCCUCAAAUUCGGAAACCCAUUGUGGAAAGAAGAAAUUGGCACAGUGCCCUAUGAAGUACACAUCCAUCGAGACCUGGGAUGGGCCGCCUUGUACCUAAGGUCUUCUUAUACUACGGUCAGGGUGAAGCCCGGAACGAAUAACCAUGUGAUCCUCUCGGCCGAAGAAGUCCAUCAACUCAACACUCACAACUAUCCCUGCGAGUCCACGGAUGGAUACAGCAGAGACAAGUGCAUAGACACAUGCCAAUCGGAAUGGAUCUUCCCUCAAUUGCCGUGUCCACUUCCGUCGAUGAACGAGUCUUUGCCGGUGUGCGAUAACAUGGGGGAAAUCGUGAAUCAUACCCGCACCUAUCAUCGUUUGUCGACAAAUGUGAACCAGUCCGUUUUGAAUUGCUCCUGCCCGCCACCAUGCCAUCGCCUCCGCUACUCGGUGAACGUGUGGCCUCCGGAUCGCGCUUUCGACAAUAAUGGCUAUAUUCUUAUCUAUUUCUCUGAGGAUAUCGUGGAAGUUCUAGUCGAGAAGGAGGCCUACGAUCUCAUCCAGGCGGUGGGGGAAUUCGGGGGUUGCCUUGGUAUGUUCCUCGGCAUCUCCCUCGUCUCUUUAUACGAGUCCCUCGACCGACUUAUCCGAUCCUUGGNGAGCUCGAAAGAAGUUCCUCAGAAAAUGCAGAGAAGCAUGACUCUAACCUGUCUCGUCUAUUCCUUCGCAAUGCUCCUCUCUACACAUCAAGCGCUGCAGUACUUGGUGCGAUACCGAAGUAAGCCGACGUCGACGACCUAUCGGUUGGACGAACGAAAGAUUUUUCCUGCACCAAAAAUCACCGUCUGUCCAACGCCAUCUUUCAAGGAAAGUGAAGAGGAACUGACAUCAAACUACAACUUGAACUUCUCCGCAUUCGCCGAACGUUUUGGAUUCCCUGCAAAAGAAACUAUUCAAAAAUGCAAUAUUGGAUUUGGUGGGGAUUGUUUAGCAAUUGGAGGAUCACGUUGGAGUGACAUCUACCACAGCGAAGGCAAGUCAUAA